UCAGAGUCCGGGCGCGCCAACUUGUCGCGCCAUUUCUUUCUGUUUUCAUUUUAUUAUUUUUCAGUUUCUUUACGUUUUAAAGAAAAGACAUUCAAGAACAACAUUCAAUUGUUCAUGAAAAGGACUCGAAUUAAGUUGUAUUGUGUUAUAUUCUACAGGUUGUCGUUGUGGAUAAUUACGAAUUAACAAACUUAAAAGCGAAAACAAGGGUGUGUGAUAUUCGAAGUGUAUGCUGAAACACGGUACGCCAGGCAUGGGAACAGAUAUAACAUCAGAAUCACAGAGUGUUUUUAUACUUUUCUAGAGAGACGCACUGGUGAAGUCGAGCAGAUUUUAAAAAAUACGAGCGAACCAAUAUCUAGAACACUGAACACACAAAGUGGGCGUGUCUAAGUGAUUUAUCAGGUCACACCAGCGACCGUAUAACAAGUGCUGUUACAUACAUUGUUCAGUAUUAAGAAGACUUCGAUAAAUGUAUUAUAACGACUGAUUUGUGUCUCUCGUUAAAUGACAUCCAGACUGUAGCAGGUGCCGUUCUUGCCUGUACACACACAAAAAAAGGUGCUAAUGCAAGCACGUGACCAUUACGCAGAUAACAGCGGAUGAGAAGUACAGUCGCUCAGAAUACCGAGUUGGCAAGUGUUAACAGUUCGUGAAGCUAGUCUGGACGUCAGACUAUGUGGCAAUAAAUUCCUACCAAUAUUUGUGCCUUAGAAGCAACAUCUGGGUGCCUGUUUUUAAAUGUUGUAACAUUUGUGAACCUGUUCAAGAAUAAUUGUAGUGUCGCAUUUGAAAAGCAAUAACAUACACGCCCCGUAUACAAUAUUGACUUCGAAUUCAAAGUGAGAAUUAAUUGAUAACCGAGCCAGUAGUUAGGUUGUGUAUCUCCCACGGAAGGCGGAAAUAUUUUGUAUUUGUAUUAGCAGUUAUGCUUUUAAAAGAGAGUUCCUGUAUCGACUCGGUGUAUUAUGUAUGCUAACGAGAGGUUGACGGUCGUGUGAUGAAUGCUGUUUGUUUUAAGCAGUUAUAAAAAGUAACCAUUUACAAGGCGCAUAUUGCAAAGCAGCUCGAAGUACAUCCUGAAGAUAAGAAAUUUAACUUUCAGUUGGCAGUGGAGACGUCAGAAAAGCUACGAAUGAGGCAGGGAUGAACAGUGGUCACGUUAAGUUGUAACCGUAGAAUCUGUUUACGUCUUUCAACAUCCGGGAACAACGUUCUUCCUUGGUGACUGCUAUUCGAAAAGUGAAGCAGACUUCGCAAUCAAGGUUCAUGGUUUUCAUGGUGAGUGUCCCUGUUGCUGGACUGUUGUGGAUGACGUCACCACCACAUCUGCUACAAGUUGAUGAGAGCGAGUCCCAGUCCAAGAGGUGGCCUGCGAGUGCGCCUCGUCCGGCCUCCAGCCCCAUGCAUCCCACCUCCAGAGAGGCGGCGGGCCCGCCUGUGCAGCUGGAGCCCGUGGAUCUGAGUGUGAAGGCCCCUCACUCGCCAGCGGUGGUGUUGCAGGUGCCCCGAUAUAGCCCUCAGCUGCCCACCAAUGGCGCGGACCUUCAUCUCUCCUAUCCAGAAACUUCGCCUCCAAGUGAGUCCCUUGCGAACUGCCUGGAGAAGCUACACACCGGCUCCACCACCACACUCCUGUCCCUGCAAAGGAUAAAAGAUGCCUCCAUGGUGUUCCACAAGCCGCCAGUAGUGAGCCCCAGUAAUAGGAUUGCUGCGCAGAACGGCAUGCGCAGUGGUUCCGCGUCGCCCAGCGCCCCACCCGAUUACAGCGACAGUUUGAGGAGACGCAAAGUGCACAGAUGUGAUGUGGUGGGCUGCGACAAAGUGUACACCAAGAGCUCGCAUCUCAAGGCGCACAAGAGAACACAUACGGGAGAGAAGCCGUAUCAGUGCACAUGGGAGGGCUGUACGUGGAAGUUCGCGCGCUCCGACGAGUUGACACGCCACUACAGGAAACACACAGGACAAAAACCGUUUAAGUGCCAUUUAUGUCAGCGCUCCUUCUCCAGAUCCGAUCAUCUAUCUCUUCACAUGAAACGCCACUGAACUGACUAGUCAUAGUUGGCCAUGCGAACUGCAAGUGUGGUAUAAAGCCUCUUUCAUAUAAGCAGCUGCUCCUUAUCGAAGCAGUCGAAAGUUUUUGUCGGUCUGUAUUAGAAUAUUCUGGUAUGUCAGGUUGAAGGCAGCCAGUUAUCUUAGAUCUGAAGUUAUCAGAUUCCGGAAAAUUUUCACUUUUGACGUAUAGACCACUUAUCAGAACAUUUCUAUCCUAUUAAUAAUAUAAUGGAACAAAAUUAUGCCCCGUAUUAUUUUAUGCAUAUACAGGCAGACGAAACUUUGCGUUAUUAACUUUUGUCUGCAGGCCUAACAGUGAAGCUGUUAAAGGGGCGUUUCAGUCCUGUCCUCGCGAUGUUAAUUUUAUCAGUUUAUGUGCGUUUCUCUAAGCUCUGCUAUUACGAAAUUUUGCGCAUGCGUAGUAGUUGAGGGUUCAUGUAUCUACUGACGUUUAUACAGCGAUACUCUCGUAAUAUGUUUCUAAUAAUUUUUGUAAACAUAAUUUUUCUAUAAAUUAUUAUUAAAAUGUUGUCACGUGUUGGGUGUAUAACGCGACAAAUAACUUCACGCCGUAUUGGAUAUGGCGAAUUUUAUUUCACAAUCGCUCAUAUAAUUACAAAUUACAAUCUCCCAGCUACUGCUAUCGGCAGUAUUACAAUUACUAGACUGCAUACUCUUCUCUGGCCAAAUCGUAACUCGCCGCUGGCUAGAUUCCAACUCAACUGUAGACUGCUGCCUUGAGAACUGUCUUCGGCGGCUGCUAAAUUUUA